AUGGAGGGCAGCACUGGUGAUGGGGCGCACGAAACCUCAUUGGGCGCAGCAUCGGCAGCGGCCAUUGCAACGAGCGACGACAUUCUGCGUGGUAUCUACAACGAGAAGCUGCAGGCCAGCGUCCGAAGCAUCAUCACGACCCUCACGACGGAGCUGCCGCAGGAUCACAUUUUCCUUCAGCUGCUGGCGGACCCCACGACGCUGCAGUACUGCAAAGUGCGUCUCGCUGAGGUCGUUGAAGGCUUCCUGUACUCGACACAGGCAGAGCAGUACCAUACACUAGCCACCGAGCUCGCCCGAGGCGAGCGGGACUGUGCGCUGCUGCACCAGCGAAUCGAAGAGCUCGAGGCCGCGCUGGCGGUGGCUAGUGCGCCGGUCCGAUCACCAACGCCGCAGCGGCAGGGGUUCUCGUCGCAGGGAGAGAAAACUGGCACCUGCGACGACCAGGCUCGCCAGGCGGCGCCGGCGGGUUCGUCGUGGACCUCGUCCCCUACCAUGAUGCCCGCACUGGAAGCGGCAGCCCCAACCACCUCCUCGGUCUCCCUAAGCAUUCCUGCCAACCCCAUGGAAAACGAGGAGGCGCGCCGCGAGCUGCUCCGUGUUCUUGAGCAAGCCACGCACGAACAAGAGCUGCUUCGCUGCACCCAAGCGCUGCAAGCGGUCAGUGACGUAGUCGACGUCGCCCAAGACGCGCCGCGCUGCGACGACAAGUACUUCUUCGAGGGGGAACUGCUAGGCGAGUUGUACAAGUGCGUCCACUCGCUGUUGCACUACGUUGACGGCACGCUGGAGAGUCAGGAGCGACUGCGAUGCGAAAUCCAAGAGCAGCAGCAGCACUGGUUGCACGGCACCGCCGCGGAGAGCAACAACCAGGAUAUCGAUGACCACGCCGUUGCUGGUAGUGCGGUGAGCGCCGACCGCCCGGCGUCAGCCUCCGCCGGCACGAAAGGCAGCGGCACCCCUGGAGUGUUGGUCUCCGGCUAUUCGACGCCGCGACACCCGCAGGUGUCACUGGGCAACGCGGGCACGGCUCUGAUGAGCAGCGUCGUCGGCUCUCGCUUUUCCUCAGCCUCCUCCCCUGCCACUGCUGAUCACACGCGCCCCAUCCAGCAGCAACGGAGGCAACUGCGACGACUGGCAGAGCAGCUGCGAGAGGGACAGCAGCACGCCAGUCAGGUGCUACAGACGCUGGCGCACAUGGAGAGCGUGCGUCGUCGUGAGGUGGCGCAGCUGGAGAGGGCAGUGGCCGCCGCGCGCGAAGAGGCGGCCGUCGCCACCAGCGCGGCAGAGAGCGCGCGGCAGGUAAAGGAGAAUUCGGAGCGGCUUCACGCCGAGCACGCGGCCGUUGUCGCCAGAGAGCGGACGGAGCUGCGCGACCAGCUGGCUGAUGUGCAUGCGCAGCUGGCAGCAGCGACACAAGACGUACACGCGGCGCGGCGUGAGUUGCGCAGCGCCACGAGUAGAGCCGAAGCGGCGGAAGAGAGAGAGAAAGACCUCGCCGCAGAGCUGGCUGCCCUCAAGGCCGCCAUGGCGCGCCGCGACGCGGAAUGGCAAGAACAGAAAGCCGACCGCGUCGCUCGGCAGGCCGAGCUGACUGCUCUCAGAGCUGCGCACCAGUCUACCGUCGACGCCCUUCAGGAUGCCGCACGGGAACUGCUGUGUCUGCGCGUAGAGGGGACAAUGGCGGGUCUUAGCGCUCUCUACCAGGAAGCGAAGGCCGCCAAGGCGGAGUUACUAGAGCACGAAGGCUAUCGACCUCUCUCCCAGAGAUGCAGCAUUGCUGUAGCGACGCACCAGGAGGUUGUGCGGCAUGCGCAGGUGCAGUCUCAGCUGGCCGAAUCGGCGCAGGUGGAGCAGGCAGUGGCUCAGCGGGAGUGCAUGGAUGCACUUGGCAUGCUGCUGCGCUCCAUGUGGGCAGAUGAUGCUAUCGAGUCUGCGCUCACACCGUCGUCCGCGAGCACAGCCGCACCGGUUGUCAGUGCGACUCACUUGACAGACGGCAAGGACACGAGAAAAGCACCCCGAGGCGGCCGCACACGCCGCGGCAGUCGCACCAGCAGUUGUGGCAGCACCACCAGCGGCAACGCGGAAGACCCCGGCGCAGUGAAUACAAGAAGCUCGCACUGCUACCGCCUUCCCACAACGCUGUCAGGACUCUGCACUUCCCUGGAGUACGCCUACAACAACGUUCGUGCCCGACACCGUGCCAGACAGCAGACGAUCGACUCACUGCGCGCUGCACUGGUGAGCAAGGACAUCGAACUGCGCGCGGCCCAGGCCAGCGAUGCACAGCUGCGAGAGCUGUUGAAGGCAGAGCAGGCCAAGGAGGAGCAGUGGAAGGCAGAAAUGGCGCAGCUUAGUGAUCGAAACCCGAUGCGAGGACUGCUCGCCCGGCAGGAAAGGCUGUUGAAGGCCGUCAGCGAUGAGCGCAACGAGCUGCGCCGACUGUGGAACCAACUGAGUGGCGACUACAUCGCCCUGGAGCAGCGCAACGGCGCCUUGCACGCGCGGUGUGCCGAGAAGGAGCACGAAAACGCACGGCUGAACGGAAUGCUGCGACGCGGCGGUACGCCAACCACCCCAACCGGCCCUCGUCGCAAGGACGCUACUUCCUACGGUGCCGCGCGCGGCCGAUCCGCGAUCCCGGAAGCUGCGGAAGCCACACCAAGGCCUCCGGCACUUGCAACGGCAGGGGUGCAGCUCGGCACCUCGGCCGAUCGCCCAGCCUCCACAUUGGGGUCCGGCUCUUCCUCUCCCUCGCACACCAACUCCACAGAAGCCUUGUCGAAUCAAGUACCCGAGUAA